GGUGUCGCGGAUGGAGUGGCUGAAGGCGCCAUCGACGGGAACGGGGCGGGGGAUGAGGGGCGAGCCGACGACGUUGAGGAGCAUCUGGAGGGCGAUGUCGGUCCUGCCGGCGGCGACGAGGACCCCUUCGCCGUCGCGCUGGCGAAGUGCGCCAACCGCCCGCCGGGACCCACCAUCGAGGAGCUCUUCACGUGGACCGGCUAUGCAUAUAAAUUUAUAUCUGCAAAAUAAAAUAUUUAAUAUCUGCAUAUAAAUAUUUAAAAAUAGAAUUUAUAUGGUAAUAGUAAAAAUAUUCUUUGAUUAGAUAGAUCAUGAAUAUUUUUUUAUGUUUCAGUUAGAUAACAGAUUUUUUGCAAAAUUUAUAAUAGGAAUAAAAAAUUAUUCUGUUGCGCGAAAUUAGACCCAUUAUUCUUAUGGGAUUAGAAAUAAAUAGAUCUAGAUUUCAUAAGCUUCAAUAACUUACAACGCGCUAGCCUUCAUCCCUUCUAGAGAAGAACAAAGAUGUUCUACUCACACUCGUUGUUGGCUAAGAAGACGCCUCUUGGAAUGGUGUGGAUUGCUGCCCACUCCCAGAAGAUGAAGAAGACUCAGAUUGACUGGGUCGACAUCCAGUCUUCUGCAGAUGAUAUUAUGUAUCCUCGAGCUCCAAUUGCUUUGAGACUGUCGGGACAUCUUUUGGUUGGCCUUGUCAAAAUAUACUCGUGGAAAGUGAAUUAUCUUUUCCAGGACUGUAACAGAAUGUUAACAAAUACAAGGGUGGUUGUUGCUUCGAUACACAUCAAUUUACCCACAAAUGCAGAUAAAGCGUCAUUUAAGUCUAUAACAUUACCUGAGACCUAUAACCUUGAUGCAUUGGAGGUAGAGGAAUCAAUCAAUCUUAUUGAUGGCCCAGACAAUCACCAAAAAGAUUAUGAGCAAAUAACUUUGACAGCUUCAGUAGAGCAAGAACAAUAUGUGGCUUUCUUCAUUGAUAAGGAUAUCAAUACAAAUUCAUCAAUACAACUACAAACUAGACAUGAUGCAGAGCCCAUGGAAGCAGAUGUGUUGCCGCCAUUAGAUGAUGAUUUGGAUGUCAGCUGAGCUCUAAAUUCUGCAUCUUUUGAAGGUCCCGGUUCAAAUAUUCAUGGCAAUGGUUUUUUUCAAACUUUUGAUUCCAACAACAAUAUUCAAAAUUU